AUGCCUCGCGAGAACCAAAAAAGAGGUCGCCGGGCGGCUGAAAAGGCUGAUAAAGAUGCCGCGAAACGGAAGCGCGAAGAAGCCCCCGAAGAUUCCCUCCCGAAACGGAUGAAGCCCUCGACGGACGAGUCGGACGAAAUCAAUCAAGGAGCCGACUACAUACCUUUCGACGAGAAUUACAAUGAGAACUAUGAUGUAAACUACGAUGAGAAUCAAAGUGCUGCGCCUCCCGGUGAUAUGCCCUUCUAUGGUCUUCUCGAUCCCGAGGAACAGGAAUAUUUCUCUCGAGCCAAUGAGGUGUUGGAAUUGAACCAAUUCCAGGAUGCAGAUGAGCGCAGAAUAUUCCUAGACAGUGUCUAUAAAGAGGCUGACGGAAAGGAGUUGAAAAUCGCAUGCAGUCAGGGAUGCUCACGGCUCAUGGAGAAACUGAUUUCGAUGUCGGAUAUGCGCCAAAUUCACAGGCUUUUUAACAAAUUUAUCGGCCACUUCCUGAAUCUUGUACAGCAUCGUUUUGCUAGUCAUUGCUGCGAGACCCUCUUUAUCAAUGCUGCACCCGGUGUAACACAGAAAGUCUCGAAGUCGAAAAGUGAUAAGAUGGAUAUAGACGAGGAUGAAGGAGAGGAGCCCGAGCCUGAACUGUCGUUGGCAGAGAUGUUCAUCAAGGUGGUCGAAGAAUUGGAGGGCAACUGGGGUUACCUACUGACAGAACGGUUCGCGUCACAUACAAUCAGAGUUUUGCUUCUUGUGCUUGCGGGAGAGCCUGUGGACGUUUCAGCGAACGACUCGGUUGUUGCAAGCCGUAAGAAAGAGAAAUUGGGUCUACUCCAGGGAGAGACACAGGAUGGGGAUGCCUCUGCGCAAAAAAGAAGCGUACCGGAUGUGUUCGAGGCUACUUUGAAGAAGAUUAUGAAGGAUAUGGUCUCCGUACUUGAUGACACAUAUUUGAGAGCACUUGCGACUCAUCCAGUUGGAAAUCCAGUGCUUCAAGUCUUAGUGUCUCUGGAGCUCUCGCACUUUGGAAAAUCGAGUGCCAAGGAUCCAAAUUCUAUAACAAGACGACUAAUUCCGGAUGAGAGCUUUGAGGAGGGCUCUGAGACCACAACGUUUGUGCGCGGAUUACUCUAUGACCCAGUGGGAUCUCGGUUACUCGAAACAAUUGUGCGUUGUAUGCCCGGAAAGGCAUUCAAGGGUCUUUACAAGAACUUCUUCCGCGACCAAAUAACUUCCCUUGCCCGCAAUAUCACCGCCGGGUAUGUUGUGCUUCGAGUGCUGGAGAGACUCGGAAAGGAUGAUCUCCAACAAGCCUUGGAGCGGAUUGUUCCUCAGAUUCCUAGUCUUCUCGAGCGGUCUAGGAUGGUCGUUCCCAAAGUGCUUAUUGAGCGAUGCCUAGUCCGUGGAGUUGACACAGCACCCCUCGCUCGAGCCCUAGAGGAAGCCUACGAUACAGACCCUGCUCGGAGACUGGAACAAAUUCUGCGACUAGAGAACACAGCCCAAGAGGAAUCUGAAGAGUCAGAGCAGAAGGCGGCCAAUGUUGCUCCCAGUCAAUCAUCAACAGGAGAAAAGCUCCAUGGUUCGCUACUUGCACAGACAAUGCUCACUGCUCCUGGUCCGAUAAGCGGGCUCGUUUAUACAAGUCUGUUGGCGCAAUCUUCGGAAUCACUCGUUAAGAUCGCCAAGGAUCCCACCGCAUCUCGCGUCCUACAACAAGCCCUUACUUCUCCGACAUCUACCACUCAAUUCCGUCGACAGUUUGCUCCACGCUUCACCAGUCACUUGAAGGAGCUUGCCCUCGAUAGCAGCGGAUCCCAUGUGGUAGACGCACUCUGGCCUGCGACCAAGGACAUUUUCUUUAUCAAGGAGCGAAUGGCACAGGAGUUGACCCAGCAUGAAAUGGAGCUUCGGGACUCUUUCGUCGGCCGUGCUGUCUGGAGGAACUGGGCGAUGGAUCUCUACAAGCGACGACGGGGCGAAUGGGCUGCGAAAGCCAAAGGUUUUGAUAACAACAAUGGCUCUGGAGAUAGACCCAAGUCUAGGAUAGAACUCGCACGGGCUAAGUUUGCUGCAAAGGCAGAGGAGGAUGCGAAAAAAGGUGCACAGAAGGGCGUAUCUGCCUAG